AUGCUUCCUGAUGAGGUCGUCCAGGACCUGUUUUCAAGAUGGCGAACAACCACGUCACGUGACUACACUCUAACGGUGGCAGUCCGUGGUCGUCUGGGAAACAAUAUGUUUGAAUAUGCCUCAUUGCUAGGAAUUGCUGUCAGUACAGGAAAAAAGGCUCUUAUUCCAAAAUCAAUAGAACUGAACAUACUCUUUAAUAUAUCUUUCAUCGGGGACAUGCGCAAUCAGUCUUCGACUCGUGUUUUAGAGAGACAAUAUGGCGCUUAUGACCGCAAGCUCCUUACACUGCCCGAUGGAAAUGUUGAAGUCUGGGGCUAUCUUCAAUCAUGGAAGUAUUUCCACUGCAUCAAAGCCUCGAUAAGAAAAGAGUUCAUCUUCAGACAAAAAUACAUCGAUCUCAGUGGUCAGUGUUUUGAAAAAUACACAAAUAAGCAUAAAAACCGAACUGUUAUCGGGAUUCACGUUCGACGCACAGAUAUGACUUCUGGAGGAAAUAGAGGCUAUGUGGCUGCCCCUUUGUCGUAUAUUAAAAAAGCCAUUGCACAUAUGAAUAUAAAGUUUCACAACCCUCUGUUCCUUAUAGCUACUGACGACAAAUAUUGGUGCAGAAAAUAUGUUGUUUCCUCGGACAUAAUACUCAUGGAAAAUUCAGAUCCCUUUGUAGACUUUGCGACCUUGACCUUGUGUGAUCACAUGAUAAUGACUGUGGGGACAUUUGGAUGGUGGGCUGCUUGGCUUGGAGACGGGUAUGCUGUAUAUUACAGAGAUUUUCCCAGGCCAGGAUCGGGGUUAGAUAGAGAUCUCAUAAAAGAAGACCACUUUCUGCCGCAUUGGGUUCCUCUUGGUGCUUGA